AUGACAGCAAACGGUGAUGUCCCUGAGUCACUGGAGGAGAUUAACCUGAAAAUGAACGCCACAACUGAUGAACCGAGCAGUAUUGAUGCCUUACGCACUGGACAACUGCAACAGCUCGCGCACACACAUUUGGCCACACCGGUUUCUGGUUCGCACUGGUUUUGUGGACGUCACUUAUGCGACGAUAUGUAG